ACGUUUAUUUGCUAAAGAACUGUCCCACUAGAAGUGUUAGUAGUGUUUCGCGAACUGUUCUUCCUGUUAACCAUUUAAGUUCUCACUUUGUUUUUUUCAACAUUCAAAUUUUCUCUGUUCCUCAUUGCCAAGAUAACUAACUCCCUCCCAAAGUAAUGGAAUCAAGUAGAGCCAUUUCUGGCAAAGAACAGUCACAAACCCUAGGCCAUAAAGACGACGACGUAUUAUCAGAAUCAGAAGAUGAAAGAGGGGCAGAAGAUGGAGUACCACAACUGGAAGAAGAAAUUCAAAAACUGGAACAGCAAGUUAACCAAAUGGCAGACAAAAUUUUAGAUUACAGAUACACAAUUCCGGGUCAGCUUAAAACUACUCUUGAUUCCAUUCUUGCUGCUCAAAGACCCGUUUACGAUACCCGUCAGGGACCUGAAUCUCAACCUGGGUGCUCCAAUUACCCAUCCACAUCUGAUGUUGAAGGGUGUGGUGCCUCCUUAGCUGGAGAGGUGCAGAAAGAAGCUGAGAAAGCGCAGCUCCUUAAACAGAAGAUAACAAGUAAUGCAUCUGCCCUACCUAUUGUACUGAACAGGAUGAAGGAAGGUAUGGCGAGGAUUGACAAACUACAGUCUAGCAAAAAGGUCAUUCAUUCUGCCUUUAAAAGGGGAAGAACUACCCGAUAAGCCCCUGCUAAAUCUGCUCACUCUGGAUCCUGAUUGGGAAGAGAAUCAAUCAAAUCACAGAAACGACCCCGUUACAAUGAAGAAAUUGAGGGAUAAGGCCGCUUCUAAAUCGAAGAAGUCUCCUUCAAAAGCAAGUAAAAAGAAAUUUGAUGAUUCCGAUCGACCACAUCUGCCGAAGGUAUUUAUUAUGAGUGUAUGUAUAAUUUGACACAUGUAUAAUAAGACACGAUACAUUAGUGUUUCAUCACAAAAAUGUAUAAUAUAGUUAUUCUAAAAUAUUAUUCUGAAGGUUAUACAUUCUAAUAAAACUGAUAUUAAUGUAUAAGUUACCCUUAUACAUGUGUAGUUUUUGUUUAUGUUUUGGUCUGAUAUAAAUUGUUAGAUGUAUACAUAACCAUCAUACAUUUGUAUAUGUUGUUUAAUUAUGGUACUCUUUGA